GCGUCACCGUUCGGGAAAUCCGCUGAGCAGUCAGCAGCUCGAGACCUUACAGUCCUUCGCAGGGCAGCAGCAGCUGCAAGAGCGCAGGGACUACAACGCAAGGAACUUCCGCAAGGCCUUGGCGGGUGUAGGCCUCGUGGCCCCGGUUGCAAGCACGAAGGCUUUGACCGAAGCCUCGGGGCCUACGCUGGUUACUCCUCAACGCCGCCGGCCACGGGUUACGACGACACCGGAGAAAGACCGCUGGGAUGAUCGGACUUCCUGUGCAAGGACAUUCGAUGGCCUGCCGCUCCGAAUUGUUCGGCAAGUCGCCAAGUGA